AUUGUCGGUGUAUGUUGAACCCAGUGGCUGCCAAAUUACACCUAAACAACAACAAUUAUACAAACUCACCUUUUCCUCUUACCAUCUUCAACGUCGAGGGCGUUCUCCAACCAAUGCUCUUCAUCGUUGUCCGCGUUCACAAAGCCCCUGCAACCACGGGGGGUCCGUGCACACCCUGGGAAUUAUGUGGUGCGUGACAUAACUCCAGAUGUCGACAGGUCUGUUCUGUACCGCGAUAUUCUUCCCCGCAUCCUCGGUUGAGCUUGCAAACUUCUCAUGUCGCAGCAACCGCCCGCCCCAGGGAUGAGUCAAAUGAUUCCUGAUCAACAAGCCGACAUGAACAAUCCCUCUUAUUAUCCUCAGGAGAACGACCUUACUGGUGGUCUCCCUAUCAACCUCGAUUCCUUGAGAGACGGGCCACCAGGAAGCAAGCCUUUCUAUCCGUAUUCGACCCUCAUUCGCUACGCUAUCAAAGGAUCUCCAAACCAGAAGUUACUCCUGGAGGAUAUCUAUUAUGCCAUUGAAUCUCGAUUUCCCUACUUCAGAACUGCACCGAACGGCUGGAAAAAUUCCGUCCGCCACAAUUUAUCUCUUAAUCCCUGUUUCGAGAAGGUUCCAAGGCCUUUGACUGACCGUGGCAAGGGUUCGUACUGGACUGUCAAUGACAAUGUAGACCCGCGUACCGGCGUCCAUCGUGUAAGGAAGAAGAAGACUAAGGGUUCGAAGGCGAGGAAUUCAGAAGAUGACGAUGUCGAUUAUCAUCCCCCUGAAACGUUUCCGGACCCUUCCGUGCAACAAUUUGCUCCUCCACCACCAAUGCAAGGCGAAAGUUCGGAUCCCAACCGACCUCCAGCAAAUUUUACGUACACUGCAUUUGACCCGAACUUUGCGAUGAUGGGUAUGCGGUUCCCUGGCCCCAUGCCUGGCAUGCCUAUGCCCAUGGGUCCUGCAGAAGAUUUUGAACACGACGAGAAUGGGAACAUUGACUGGCGAUUGGCUUGGCACAAGGAGAUAGGACAUCUACAACACUUGACGCAGGAGCAGGAAAAGCAAGGUGCUGACCCGGAGUGGUACAAAAUGAUGUUAUGUCGGGUGAGGACAGCUCUGAUGCCACCUGCGAUGCUUCCCGAAGCUGCACUACACAUGCAACCACCGAUGAUACCAGACGGGACAGGUCAACAGCAACAUGAACAGCAGCCUCCUCAGCAAUAAUGGUUCUUCGUUUCCGUUCCUUAGUUGUACUUCCCAUGUACUGUCGACUUUUUUUUCUUUCUUGUCUGUUUGGUUUGACUUCGGAUCUGCUAACAAUUUUAUAAUUCCCCCACUACGUCUAGUAUAGAUUAACAUCAUGUACAAUGUCAGGAGAUUUCUAUUUUGUCUUCUAUGGUCAAAAAACAUAGCUAUGUGCAUUGGCAUGGAAAAGUGAAAAGUGAAAAGUGAUAUGAUUGGCUAUCUA